CAUGAACACGUUCCGUAUUGAUACAUGAACACGUUCCCAAACCGGUUUAGUGCAUGUCUCCAUACCCCUCCAAACCUCCCAAUAUCUGUCUGGUGUCAAUUGUAUGUAGAAAUGUCACUUAAUCGCGCCUUGAAAUGGCUCGUCUCUGUCUCCAAGUGCCCGGCCUCGAUGCGUACGGAUAUUCGUCGGAUGCCGGUGAAGACGAGAUAGGAAAUGAGGCUCGAGAGCCUUAUCGCGGAGGGGAUAGGUUGGUCCUAGAGACGAACAGAUUAGCGACAAAAUUGAAGAACUAUCAACUGACGAAUCGUCUGAUCAAGACCCUAACGACAUACUCGACCUCCCAAUCGAUCUUGAUGAUGAUAUAGACCUCGCCGCCCGACCUCAACAGCCUUAUGGGGGAACAGGAAUGGGGACUGGAAACGAGCCCGAGGAGACACGGAGGACCUCAGGUGGUGCUUUUUUCAUGAUGCU